UCUGCAUAAAAAUGUUGGUUCACGCGAAAACUCAAUUCGACAAUUUGUUUAACUAGGUAGAACACAAUAGAACCACCUUCUAGACUUCGAAGCGCGAUAACUUCUGUUCGGCAUUACCCUGCUUGUUUGUUGUGUCAUGGCUGUGUCAGUUGUUGGUUUCGAUAUUGGCUCUUUGACUUCCUACAUUGGUGUCGCUAGAGGUGGCGGAGUCGAAGUGAUUACAAACGAGUAUAGUGAGAGGGCUACACCGUAAGUCUUCUGUGUUGUUGAUCUUUUCAGAACAUGUGUUGCUUUUUCCGGGGAAUUAGUCCUUGUGGGAACAGCUGCCAAGUUACAACAAGUUAUGAAUAUCCAGAAUACUUUUACAAGCUUUACUCGGCUGCUCGGAAAGUGUCUGUCAGACUCCUCAGUUGUGAACGAAAGAAAGUUCAUAACCCAUCAAGUUGAAUCAACUCGUGAUGGUCGCAUCACACUUUCGGUAAGUCUUUUCAUUUAGCUGUUUCAUUUUGCCGAGGCUUUUCUGAAAGGCCAAAAAACUCCUUUUGCCCCUGAGCAAAUUUUGGCAAUUCAAAUGAAUAAACUUAAGGAAAUUGCAGAGACUACUAUUGGUUCUAAAGUGGUCGAUGUUGUUGUCAAUGUUCCGACUUACUACACAGAUGCCGAACGAAGAUCUGUAUUAGAUGCCACAAAAGUGGCAGGAUUAAACUGUGUGAAGCUAGUGAAUGACAUAACUGCAAGUAAGUUCUGCUUGGAUUCCUAAUCUCGUAAGUUGGUACCGCGUACGGGUUUUACCACACCGACUUACCACCAGCUGAUCAACAGCCGAAAAUAGUUGCAUUUGUCAGUGUUGGUUAUAGUACUACGCAAGUUGGUAUUUGCAGUUUCAACACAGGCAAGAUGAAAGUCCUUGCAACUACGUGUGAUGCUUUUCUUGGUGGUCGGGAUUUUGACGAAAGGCUUUUCAACAAAUUCGCUAGUGAAUUUCAGCAACAGUACAAACUAAAGGGUUCACUAUCAUCAAAAGCGACUAUAAGGUUGCUUCAGGAAUGUGAAAAGCUCAAGAAGUCAAUGAGUGCUAAUUCCUCGGAGUUACCAAUCAACGUCGAGUCCCUAGCAGAAGAUCGAGAUUUAGCGAAUAAGAUGAAGCGGACUGAUUUCGAAGAAUUGUGCUCGGAUCUCUUGCAGCGAUUUCAAAUGUUGAUUACAAAAUGUCUUGAUGUGGCUAAGUUGAAGACGGAAGAUGUACACUCAGUGGAACUUAUUGGUGGUAGUUCACGUAUACCGAUGAUAAAGAACGUUGUCGCAUCUGUCUUCAAACAAGAAGGCAAGACUAGCUUAAAUGCCGAUGAAGCUGUCGCUCGUGGAUGUGCAUUCCAGGCAGCUAUCUGCUCCCCAGCUUUCAAGGUGAAAGACUUCACUGUCAUUGAACAAUGUUUGUAUCCUAUUAUAAUACAAUUUGAUCAAGAGGAAGGUAGCGAACAGUGCAUGCAAACUGAAGAAAUUGAUGGUACAUUAACGACACAAGGCAAAAAUAUGUGCAUCGAAGUUUUUCCUUUUCUCCAUCCUAUUCCUUCUUCACGUCAGAUUGUCCUUUUACGACAUGGUGCUUUUACUUUGGAAGCUCGGUACGCGAAUAAAGAUAGCUUACCAAACCAAAAUAUUGUCAUUGGGACUUUCAGAAUAGGAGACACUUCUCAAGUAUUCACAGAGCCUCGUAAAAUCAAGCUUAAAAUGCGUAUGAAUACCCAUGGUAUUUUCAAUAUUUCACAAGCACAAUUAAUAGAAGAGUAUGAAAAGGAAGUUGAAGUUAGUGUUUCUGAGGACAAUCCUGUAGUUGAUGGACCUCCAAACUCCAAAGAGGAAGUAACCACAGCUAGCAAUGGAGAUACUGAGAGUCAGAAUCCUCCGGUAGAUUCCAACCAAACAAACAUGCAAGAUUCUACUUCACCAAAAAAGAAGACAGUAAUGAAAAAGAAGAAAUUCACCAAGUAUCAUGAUUUGAGCAUUGAAGUUAGUAAUAUGCAGUUCACUACAAAACAACUCAAUGAGUUUUGUGAAAUUGGGGCUAAUCUCAUUCAACAGGACAAACUGGAACGAGAACGAGUCAAUUCCAAAAAUGCAGUUGAGGAGUAUGUUUAUGAAAUGCGCUCUAAACUUCAAGGACCAUUAAAUCCGUUCGCUUCACCUGCUGAGUCAGAAUCACUACUUCAGUUAUUAGAUAUGACAGAAGAGUGGUUGUAUGGUGACGGUGAGAGUUUAAAACGUCACGUUUAUGUGGAAAAGCUCGCCGAGUUAAGGAGCAAGGGAGAUCCAAUCGUCCAUCGAGCGAACGAACAUCUUAAUCGUCCUUUAGCCGUUGACAACUUCAAUCGAUCACUUGUGCGUAUAAGGAAAGUGCUAGACAGUAUUGCAGCUGGAGAACCAACUUAUGACCACUUAACACAGGCGCAGGUUAAUCAGCUGGAAGAUAUGAUAGUACAGUAUGAGACAUGGUUGAACCAGCAAAUGAUGCAACAAAAUCCUAGACCACAAACUUCAGAUCCUGUAGUUAAAGUUACAGAUAUCGUAUCUCAACAGCAAGCCAUGGAAUCAGUGUGUCAUCCAAUUAUCAAUACUCCAAAGCCUCCAACGGCGUCUCAUACAAAUAAUACUCCAGACCUUAACUCUCAAAAUUCUGGACAGUCCAACGAUGUGAAUAAUCCAAACACAAAUUCUAACCCCGGAACAAAUCAUUCCAAAAAGGGUGCUGAUGAUGAACAAAAUAUGGACUUAGAUUGAUGGGAGAUAUGACUUAUUUCUUUGAAAUCUUAUAAUGUUUCAUUCAGCAUUUUGUCCAAUUCUUCAUUGUUUGACUUUUGUUAUGACUUUCUAAGUGGGUUCUGUAUUAUAAAGCGUUACAGAGCGGCUUCUCACUCCUCAUCGGUAUGAAUAUGAAUGGUAGGACAAAAAGUCUAGAGAAUUUUCUAAACUUUCACUUUAAUGCAAUGCCCCGAAGAGUUUUUGAACGUUCCCCGCUUGAAGUCUCCUGGUGGUCUCAGUGUUCUCUUUUAGCCAGAGCACUUCAUUCGGAACAAUUGUCUAGAUGUAUCUCAUUUCCGCCCUCUGAUGUGUUGGAUAUAUACGUUUGGUCACUACUAGUUUAUUGGUGAAGUAGUUCUGCCACUAACUUCCGUCUUUAUGUCGUUCGAGUACUUAGUUCGCUAUUUCGUAAAGUUCUCUGGGUUGUAUGGCCGUUUACUACGAAUAUUCAAACUUACUAGUGGGGAAUUAUAUUUGAAUUAAUCUCAGCAAUUUAAAUAAUCCGAACGUUUCGUCCAGCAAACCCUGAAGAAGUCUGCUGGAUGAGUUCUUGGGGUUGUUUAAAUUUCAAUCGGUGAGAUUAUUUCAAAUAUAAUUUUUACAAGUAAUGUCUUCUCUACACUUGGCGCCCAAUUUUCGCCGAAAUAUUCUUCCUAAUACUAACGAAUACUCGUAUAGAAUGUUCAAACUGUUGCUGUUGAGUCCUCGGUCGACUACCUGUAGGAGAAAUUCCUCUUUGGAUUUUACUAUGUUUUGUGAAAGCGAGACUGGGCAACGUCCACUCAUCUUAUGGGGCUUCUAAGUAUAUGUUCUGAAUACAAUUAAUAUUAAGUAAAAUGCCUUCAUUUGAUUGGAUGUAAAUUUAAUAAGUAGAGUUACGUCAUUGCACUUAAGCGGCCCAUGGCGACUAAUGGCCAUUGAACGACUGAUAGUACGUUUACGUCAGUUUCUGACAAUAGAAACAUUUAAAAUCCAAUCUAGACCUAGACAUGAUAUCACAGUAGUGGAUGUAUCUUGUCAAUUAACAGGUGAAAGCCUCGAUCGUAAGUUGAGCAUGCAGCUUCUACUACUGUCAAGUCAUGUGUAUACGCAUAGUACCACGGUAACACCAACCUAGUGUAAUGGGAUAUCCUGAGUGAUAUAGUCAGUGUUUGGUUACAGCGACUGAAUUAAAUUCGACGUCAGCUACCAUGCCUUUAUUCAAACUAACCCUACUCUACGAAUCCCCGGUUCUGUUCAUUUAGUCAGUUUGACGAUUUAAACUUUACUACCAAAUAAUGAACAGAGGCUCGGCAACAAUUAAAAAAAAUCAAAUUUCCGUGUGUUUUAACGCUGGCUGGUCAUUCAUGUAUAAAGUUGGGUUAUAUUUUGUUUUAGACUGAUCUUGUUCGAUUUUAAGUGCGUUGGGACUGCAUCUCGCCUCAUUAGGUUAUAUGUCUCCAAAUCAGUCGUAGGUCAUAUUGUAUCUUUAGUUCACUGGUCCAGUAUAUUCUAGAUUUGGAAGGCGAUCCAGGUAGACGCUAAACACUUAGGAAUAAAGCAAGAAGAAAUAUCGCAGCAGAAUAACAUGGGUUCUCCAUCUACUUACAACCCGAAGCCGAAGUAUCACUCAGCUACAACGUAGGACCAGGCGCAUAUAUGCGUCGGUCUAAGUAGCCGUACCUCAUUAACACAAGAUGAACACUGGAUUCAUAAAAGUAGUUAAUUCAAAGGUGGUAAUAUAUAAAAGAAAGAUUGCAAUGAGGAUAUUGUACAGGAAGAAAGGUUUAGUACAUAGAAAGAAAAAUAUGAAGUGGUUUUGAUCUCUUAGUUUAGUAGAAGGCAGAGUGCAUACACCGACACCAUUGACACUCAGAGUCUCCAAUCAUUGGUUACGGUAGUCACGCGGACCCCAACUAAAUAGUCUGCAUCUACCAACAUGGCUCAGACUAGAAGUUAGUGACUUCAAGCACUGAUGCCACGUUUUGGUUUGGUCGCCCCUAACUUUCUCCCAACACCGGUUAGCAUUGCACGUCGCGGUAAUCGAUGUUCAGGCAUACGUAACACGUGGCCCAACCAUCUCAGUCGAUGAAGAUUCGCAACCUCAUCAAUCAGUAAGACGAAAUAACUCUACAUACUUGACGUCAGAAAUAUGAAAUGAACUGAGUUAAAGUGUGGAAACAGAAUAAAGCAAAGAGACCAUAAUACAGAAGAGCUAAAAUUGUUCCGACGUUCAUUUGCUCGAAAGUUCUGAUAUUGAAUUUAAAGUAUAUAAGCUUUGGCAAAGCUGUUGCAACAAAAUGGUUAAAGCCGAAUCCACGUGUCCAGAAGGGCAGUUAUAAAUCUUGUUUUAUCCUGGUGACCUAAUUUUUGUGAGAUUAUUACGCGAGGUUUUUUUCCAUGAACUGUAAUCAAAACUCUAGUAUCUUCACACUUCUGAGCUUUACUCAACUAGUCUGUAUUGUGUAGUCUACCUUCUGUUUCGAGAAGAGAAAUAUUUUUGUUUUCUUACUCUUCUAGAAUAUCCAUAUGUUUAACCUUUCAAUGAGCAAAUAAUUUUAUUCUGUAUCAUGGUCUCUUUGUUUUAUUCUAUCUCCACACUUUAACUCAUUUCAUUCAAUACGUUUCUAACGUCGUAUGUAAACUUGUUUCGUUUUACUGAAUAAUAUACUUUGGAUUUAAGUUG